UUUACUGGAAAUACUGUUACUCAUUUUGAUUUUGGAGCUGCCUCAGAAAUACUCUUCUUCUGCUUACAUGAAGAGCUCUAAAUGUUAUCCAGCAGGAGGUGCUACAACAAGAUAAAGCAAAUCUUUGAAUUUUGAGGGUUUUGCUGUUUAUUACAGCUCUACUUAACUUCAGCUAAGCUACAGGAUUUAACAACUUAAAGUUCCAGAAAGAUUUUCAAGAGCAAGAGAGUUGAAGGAGAGCCAGUUUCCCCAAAAUUGCUGCUGUGAGAAGAAUUUGUUAUUUUAAACAGAGGCUGAAGAAACGAUAGAAUUAGCAAACAUAAGAGAAAGUGGAGAAGGUGGAGGAUGGAGUUGCAGACUCUACAGGAGGCGCUUAAAGUGGAAAUUCAGGUUCACCAGAAACUGGUUGCUCAGAUGAAGCAGGAUCCACAGAAUGCUGAUUUAAAGAAACAGCUUCAUGAACUCCAAGCCAAAAUCACAGCUUUGAGUGAGAAACAGAAAAGAGUGGUUGAACAGCUCCGGAAAAACCUGAUAGUAAAGCAGGAACAGCCAGACAAGUUCCAAAUACAGCCAUUGCCACAGUCUGAAAACAAACUACAAGCAGCACAGCAGCAACCACUGCAGCAGCUACAGCAACAACAGCAGUAUCACCACCACCACGCCCAGUCGGCUGCACCUUCUCCCAACCUGACCGCUUCACAGAAGACUGUAACUACAGCUUCUAUGAUUACCACAAAGACACUACCUCUCGUCUUGAAAGCAGCAACUGCGACCAUGCCUGCCUCUGUUGUGGGCCAGAGACCUACCAUUGCUAUGGUGACCGCCAUCAACAGUCAGAAGGCUGUGCUCAGCACUGAUGUGCAGAACACACCAGUCAACCUCCAGACGUCUAGUAAGGUCACUGGACCUGGGGCAGAGGCUGUCCAAAUUGUGGCAAAAAACACAGUCACUCUGCAGGUUCAGGCAACCCCUCCUCAGCCCAUCAAAGUACCACAAUUUAUCCCCCCUCCUAGACUCACUCCACGUCCAAACUUUCUUCCACAGGUUCGACCCAAGCCUGUGGCCCAGAAUAACAUUCCUAUUGCCCCAGCACCUCCUCCCAUGCUUGCAGCUCCUCAACUUAUCCAGAGACCCGUCAUGCUGACCAAGUUCACCCCCACGACCCUCCCUACUUCCCAGAAUUCCAUCCACCCAGUCCGUGUUGUCAAUGGGCAGACUGCAACCAUAGCCAAAACGUUUCCCAUGGCCCAGCUCACCAGCAUUGUGAUAGCUACUCCAGGGACCAGACUCGCUGGACCUCAAACCGUACAGCUUAGCAAGCCAAGUCUUGAAAAACAGACAAUUAAAUCCCACACAGAAACAGAGGAGAAACAAACAGAGAGUCGCACCAUCACUCCACCUGCUGCACCCAAACCAAAACGGGAGGAGAACCCCCAGAAACUUGCCUUCAUGGUGUCUCUAGGGUUGGUAACACAUGACCAUCUAGAAGAAAUCCAGAGCAAGAGGCAAGAGCGAAAAAGAAGGACAACGGCAAAUCCUGUCUACAGCGGAGCAGUCUUUGAGCCAGAGCGUAAGAAGAGUGCAGUCACAUACCUGAACAGUACAAUGCAUCCCGGGACCCGGAAGAGAGGUCGUCCUCCAAAAUACAAUGCAGUGCUGGGGUUUGGAGCCCUUACCCCAACAUCCCCCCCAUCCAGUCAUCCUGACUCCCCUGAAAAUGAAAAGACAGAGACCACAUUCACUUUCCCUGCACCUGUUCAGCCUGUGUCCCUGCCCAGCCCCACCUCCACAGACGGUGAUAUCCAUGAGGAUUUUUGCAGUGUAUGCAGAAAAAGCGGCCAGUUGCUGAUGUGUGACACGUGUUCCCGUGUGUAUCACCUGGACUGCUUAGACCCUCCCCUGAAAACGAUUCCUAAGGGCAUGUGGAUCUGUCCCAGAUGUCAGGACCAGAUGCUCAAGAAAGAAGAAGCAAUUCCCUGGCCUGGAACUUUAGCAAUUGUUCAUUCCUAUAUCGCCUACAAAGCAGCAAAAGAAGAAGAGAAACAGAAGUUACUUAAAUGGAGUUCAGAUUUAAAACAAGAACGAGAACAGCUAGAGCAGAAGGUGAAACAGCUCAGCAACUCUAUAAGUAAAUGCAUGGAAAUGAAGAACACCAUCCUGGCCCGGCAGAAGGAGAUGCACAGCUCCCUGGAGAAGGUAAAACAGCUGAUCCGCCUCAUCCACGGCAUCGACCUCUCCAAACCUGUAGACUCUGAGGCCACGGUGGGGGCCAUCGCCAAUGGCCCGGACUGUACCCCGCCUGCCAAUGCCACCACCUCCACGCCGGCCCCCUCCCCCUCCUCCCAGAGCUGCACAGCGAACUGUAACCAGGGGGAAGAGACUAAAUAACAGCCCCGCUAGGAGAAGCCACGGGAUCCCGGCGGCAAGGAGAGCAGAACACUGAAGACUCUAGAAAAGCAAAGCCGGAUUUCUUCUGGAAAGUACAGAAUUCUUUUGGUUCUUUGGUUCCAGAGAGAGAGAAGAUGCUUGUGCCAGGUGGCACCAGAGCUUGCCAAUUGAUCCUUCUUAUUCUGUGUGUACAUGCAAAGAUUGGACCAUGUUACAUGAAAUAGUGCCAGCUGGAGGUUCUUUGCCAGCACCAUGCCAAGUGAAAUAAUAUAUUUACUCUCUCUAUUAUACACCAGUGUGUGCCUGCAGCAGCCUCCACAGCCACGAUGGGUUUGUUUUUGUUUGUUGGGUGGGGAGCAGGGACGGGCGGAGGGAGGAGAGCAGGUUUCAGAUCCUUAUUUGCCCAGCAGUUUGUUUAGGUAGAAAAGACAAGUCCAAAGAGUAUGUGGGCUUUCCUGUUUCUAAACUUUCACUACUAUAAAACCAAAAACGGAAAUCGAGAUUUAGCCAACCCCAGUGCCCAGAGGAGGGGUGGGGAGGGGACGGGAGGGAACAGGGUGGGAAAGUCCAUCAAAUGCAGUAUUCACGUUGUCUGGGCGCCGAGCGCUGGUGCUCUCCAGCGAGCCAGCGGACAGCAGAGCAGCCGCCUCCUGAGCAUGUGACUCCCCACGGGGGCGCCCCACUUCCCAAGUUCCUUCCCUGCUUUGGCAAAUUGGCGAGCGUCCGCGGAUGAUCCGGCUCUUCCCUCCCCAGAACAGCAGAGCCAGGCCCUGCGGCCUGGAGCAGGGGAGAAGGGGGGGUGUCAGGGAAGGGAAAGGUGGAUCAGUGAUUUUACUUGAAAACAAGCUCCAUCCCUUUUCUAUAUUUAUAAGAAGAGAAGGUCCUGAGCGAAGCAGCACGCGACCCAGGUGUGUGUGAAGCGAAUGGAGACGUUUCUUUUCUCUUUUUUUAAUUCGUUUUUGUUCUUGUUCUUUUUCCUUUUUAAAGAAAAGUUUUAUUUUGUCAUUUAUUUUACUUUUUUGGUAACAAAAACUAAAAUAAGGAAUAGAAAAGCUGUUUUUCAGGCUGACAGUCCACUUAAGGGUAGUCGAGACCUUGCAUGGUAGAGUAGGAACCCUAGUGUCAGUGAGGUCAGUGAGUACGUGUGAGUCCUUGUGUCAUCGUCGGGGCACUUUUUUUAUGCAAGGGCAAAAAUCUUUGUAUCUGGGGAAAACAACAACAACAACUUUUUUUUAAAUUAAAAAGGAAAAUAAAGAUAUUGAGGUCUUCCUAGUGUUACUUAAAUUAAGAUCAAGGUAAGAAACAUUGUAAAAAAAAUUACAAAAGUGCUAUUUGUUUCCUAAAAACAGUGAUUUCUAUUAAAAAGGUGUCAGAACUGGAGAAAAUGCUGUGUAGUUAUAAUUUUUCAGCACAGAACCUGCUGACCAUGAUUUGCUGUGUCUGUGUCCCAAGACUGGUGGGCCAGUCUCCAUGCUUUCUCUCCUGCAGAGGGCCGCCGCCGCCGCGGCAGCCGGCCCUCUGCCUCCUCAGAAGAGAUGUCCCCUUUUCUUAAGUGCAGGGAUCUCGGCUCCUCUUCUGGAAGCUCCAGCGGAGCGUGGAUGGUAGCAGGGCCCUCCCUGUUGUCCCCUCGGAAGUUGCUAGAACAAAAGGCUGGUGCCUCAGUAAGACCCUUCCUUUGGUGCUGCUCUCGGUCUUUCAGCCACCAGCAUUAGGGGCGCCUGGGGACGACGCUGAAGGAGACAGGCGAGGCCAGGUGCCCACCUACCUGCCCGCCCCUGGUGGGAGGGUGCAGGGCACAGGCUGCUGCAUCAGUCCUUGGUGCUUAGAAAGAACAAAGGAGCGAGAGGUCUUGAGGGUGCAUGGUGUCUCCCAGACAGACAGCCCGGCGGCCUUUGUGUCUUCUUGCCUUGGGAGAGAGUCUGACUCUCCAGUCCGCACUCUGCCUGCCGGCUCCAGGCACCAGAUGGAAUUUAGUCUACCUUGUUCCCCCACAAGCUUCCUGGGGGGCCUUUGGCCAGAAGUGCUGCGCUUGCCUCGGCUUAGCCUUUCUCCUUCUUGAGAAAACCAAGGUUCUGAGAGACUCGGAUCAUUCCUGUCAUCUUGCCUUGUGGGGAUGCAAGAGCCCUUGGCCAGUGGUGUGCAUCUGACUGAUAGAAGCCAGGCAGAGGCUCUGCACCCUAGGGCCCCUCCCCUCCUCGUACCUUCUCUCCUGAGCCCACACCAUGCCCCAGGAUGACCAGAGCCUGGGAAGAGCAGAAAAGGGCCUACCGGCUUCUCCCUCACCCAGUUAGGCUCAGAGAGACCAAGAGGAUCCUGAAGCCAGCACAACAGCGAGAUGCCCUUAGGUAAAAGCGCCAGGCUUCCCCCAGCCCUGUGUGUUCAUCUUCCCAGAGCUGUUGGAGGAAGGUUGAGAGCGGCUGCACAGGGCACAGGCUGUGACAUUCCUGGAAGAGAGGAGCUCCCUUUUCUCAUGCAGAAACCGAGGUGCUAAGUGUAGUCCGGAGCUGAGCUCGAGAUGCCUGGACUCGCCAGCCGCCAGGCUGGCAGCUGGCAGAGGUGCAGAGCCCAGCCUGCUGUGCACCCUGCCUUAGAGCGCUGUCGUCUGACUUGUCUGGGCCGGCUGGGGUGGGGGAGGAGUGCCGCACACUUGGAGUUGGGCAGUUAGCUGAAACCUUCCCUCAGAAAGGAGCUGCCUGUAGAUUCUCAAGGGGCUUGGACAGGCUCAGGAGUGGGCGACCGUCCCACCUGCUGCUGUGAGCACGUCACGGUCUGGCCUGGCCUGGGCUGGGCUGUUUCUUCCCAAAGCGCAAGCAUGCGCUGCCUGGGACUCGGCUAGUGUGGAGUUCAAGAUGCAGCCCUCCCCCCUUCCCACAUCUGGACUGGAGUUCCAGAGCAUUGCUUACUACGAAGGCUUUAACCCUUCUCCUUCACUGUUGUGGCAAGACAAGACCCUCUCUCUGUGCCCCCCAGCCAGUGGGCGCCAGUGACCACCUGAAGCACACACUCCUGACGGCCCCGCUGAGCUGCCUCCACCUUCUCUUCCUCCUUUCCGAUGUCCUCACUUGGCCUCCGACAGACGCAUCUGAGACCAGCGGGCUCUGCAGUCACUUCAGAGGCCUCCUUGCUGGUCUGGGAUUAGGAAGGGCUGCGGCUCAGGCAGGCGCCUGGGGGCAGUGAGGUCAUGUUGCUGUCCUCUGCCCUCAUUCUUGCCAGGGCCGCCCGCAGGUCCUUUUUCUCUGGAGCCUGCUGGGUCUUGUCUCGCCUCCGCUGAGCUCACUCAGAGCUCUGCUCCUUCCUUCCUUCCUUCCUUAUCGGGCCUUCUGGAGCAAGCCUGCCUGUAGUGCCUGGCACAGCGACCCUUUUGGGGCAGCCUCCCGAACGGGGCUUGGCGGGCCUUACCUGUGCGAUCCCUGCAGCACGGCCUCUGCUGCCUCCAGCUGGCACCACCCAAGUGCCAGGGCUCCGUGCAGGCCACUCUGUCACUGCUUCUUCACGGCUCAGGCUCAGCUGGGUGGUGUGAAUGGGCGCACUUGCCCCUGCCCAGAGCGGCCGCGCACCCAGCUGUCCUCAGUCUGCGUGUCCAGUCCUCCUUCCUCUUCAGCCAUCUCUGAUCCUUCCUCUCCUGGGGCAUCUGGGUCUCCUUGGGCUCUCAUUCCCAGCUCCGACAAUAUGCUCUUCAGUGGUUUCUUCCCACUACCUUUUAGUCUGUGGUCUUUCUAGGUCUCCAAAGGGCUUACCUGAGAACACAAGCUGUUCAGUUAGUAGGGACGGUAGCUGGAGGACGUUUCUAGGCCUGGCUCCCAGACUCCCUAGCUGCAGCUGAAUGGAGGCAUCUUUGCGCUGUGUAAUGACUGGGCCUCCCCUCUGCCCCUCACUGGGCACCGUGGCAGGAAACAAGAAACCCCUUCCUGCUCUGACAGCCUGCCCUCAGUGUUAGCGCCUUUCCAAGAAAGGAGGGGAUGGCCCUGAUGUUCCUCUGGCCCUUCUGCGGGCGUGGAGGCUGGUAGCUGGCAGUUACCCCUCUGCAGAGCCAGGGCUGGAACUCUGAAACAGCCCUGUUCGCCAAUGCCACUUCACACCCCUCCCACGAGGCCCUUCCCGAGGACUCAGGUCCCCCCAUCGCAGCCUCUCCGGUGUCCCUGGGUGCAGAGCCCAGGGUAACCUGCAGUCAGGCAGGACGGGACGGGCAGGCCGGAGGUCGGCGAGCUCCGUCCGAGCAGAAAAGGGCCAGCCAGCCCCCAGUCCUGUCUCUUGUCCACGCCCUUUGUGAUUUCAGUCUUGGUAGAACUUGUAUUUGGAGUUUUGUGCUUCAAAAGUUUUUGUUUUUGUUUGUUUGGUUUUUGUUUUAAGGGGGU